AUGGUACGUAUUCCAUUGAAACAAUUGUUAGUGGAGAACCCUCAAAAGGUAUUGGUCCUUGAUGGUGGUCAGGGCACAGAGCUGGAAAACAGGGGUAUCAAAGUCGCCAAUCCUGUUUGGUCAACAAUUCCAUUCAUCAACGAAUCGUUUUGGUCGGAUGAGUCAUCGGAUCACAGAAGGAUUGUCAAAGAAAUGUACAAUGACUUCAUGAGGUCGGGAGCAGAAAUCCUGAUGACCAUUACUUAUCAAACAAGCUUCAAAUCUGUUUCUGAGAAUACACCUAUCAAAACAAUGGAAGCGUAUGAUAGACUUCUCUCCCGAAUUGUUGAUUUCUCCCGGCAAUGCAUUGGGGAUAGAAACUAUUUGAUCGGCUGUAUUGGUCCCUGGGGUGCGCACGUUUGUUGCGAAUUUACCGGAAAUUAUGGUCCACGUCCGGAGAAUAUUGACUAUUAUCAAUAUUUCAAGCCGCAAUUGGAUAAUUUCAACACAAACGACAAUUUAGACUUGAUUGGAUUCGAAACUAUUCCCAACAUACACGAAAUAAAGGCUAUUCUUUCUUGGGAUGAAGCUGUACUUUCAAAGCCCUUUUAUAUUGGUUUAUCUGUUCACGAACAUGGUACUUUAAGAGAUGGCACAACAAUGAAAGAAGUUGCACAAAUGAUUGAAGAUUUGGGCGAUAAAAUUAAUCCCAACUUUUUGCUUCUAGGUAUCAACUGCGUCAGCUUUAACUCCUCACCAGAUAUUUUGAGCACAUUGCAUGAACAUUUGCCAGAUUUUCCCCUGCUAGCAUAUCCAAACAGUGGUGAGAUUUAUGAUACUGAGAAAAAGAUUUGGUUGUCAAACACAGAUAAGCUGAAUAGCUGGGAUACAGUAGUUAGAAGAUACAUCAAUAGUGGAGCUCGUAUCAUUGGUGGUUGUUGUAGAACAACACCUAAAGACAUUGAAGAGGUCGCCGCAGCUGUUAGGAGGUACACUUAA